AUGACAUCGAGGAGACGAUUAGCCUUAGCAGAUGAGCCAGCUCAGGAGAAAAAGACGUGUCUUUCAACCCCAACUGUAUACCAUGCUGCAAUCAUAAUUUUUCUGGAGUUCUUUGCUUUUGGCCUCCUUACCACUCCGAUGAUUACGGUUCUUGAUGAGACAUUUCCGAAACAUACCUUCCUCAUGAAUGGGAUAAUUCAAGGGGUGAAGGGGUUCCUGUCGUUUUUAAGUGCACCUCUGUUGGGUGCGCUUUCUGAUGCUAUUGGGAGAAAACCGUUUCUCCUUUUAACCGUCACAUUCACCUGUUCUCCAAUUCCACUGAUGAAAAUCAGUCAUUGGUGGUACUUUACAAUGAUUAGUAUAUCGGGAAUAUUCGCUGUUACCUUCUCAGUUGUUCUUGCUUAUGUCGCCGAUAUCACAACUGAGGAAGACAGAAGUUGGGGCUAUGGGUUGGUUUCGGCCACCUUUGCCGCCAGCCUCGUCACUUCUCCUGCAAUCGGAGCCUACCUUGGUCGAAUUUUCAGUGAGGAUUUGGUAGUGGCCCUGGCAACUGCCAUUGCCUUCUUGGACAUCUUUUUCAUCCUUGCGUGUGUCCCGGAAUCUUUGCCGGAGAAGGUGCGUGCGAGCCAUUUGUGUUCCAUCACCGGUCGAAGUGGUAGCGCUGGCAGCGGGAAACUGUCUUGGGAUAGGGUGGACCCAUUCGCGGCAUUACGAAAGGUGACCAACGAUUACCUGGUAUUGAUGGUGUGCAUCACCACGUUUUUCUCCUAUCUUCCGGAGGCCGGACAGUAUUCCUGUUUUUUCGUCUAUUUGCGACUGGUCCUCGGUUUUAGCGAAGAAAGCGUGGCCCUCUUUAUCGCCGUUGUAGGAAUACUUUCUUGCAUUUCUCAGACGGUUAUUCUCGGACUGCUGAAUACAUGUAUGGGGCCCAAACAAGCAAUUAUUAUCGGUCUAGUGUUUGAGGCCAUUCAGCUCACGCUAUAUGGGUUCGCCACACAACCGCUGCUCUUGUGGACUGCCGGUCUGGUUGCUGCUAUGGGAACGGUUACUUAUCCAGCUCUGAGCGCUUUUGUCUCAAAACAUGCCGCAGCUGAUCAGCAGGGCGUAGCUCAGGGCCUCGUGACAGGUAUUCGCGGUCUAUGUGGUGGACUUGGUCCUGCACUGUUUGGGCUGAUUUUCUACAUAUUUCAAGUUGACCUGAAUACCCAAACAUCAACCUCCGAGUCAGUCAGCACAAAGGCUAAUCUUGUGGUAACCAGCUAUCCGCAGCCAAUUCAAGAUAAAAUUCUUCCUGGUCCGCCGUUUGCAUUUGGAGCCGUUUUAGUACUUCUCGCUAUUUUCGUCGCAUGGUUUAUUCCAGAAAAUCCCAAAACUCCUGCUGCGGUACAGUCGGGUGGAUCAUUUUUUGGAGGUGAAGGCGGUACGGUUGACUCUCUCUUAGGCAAUACCUCAUACGAUCGCAAUAUUUUGAGACGGCCUUCGCCUGCAACGGAAUCAUCAUGCGAUCUUGUAUCUGGUGACUGCCAUGAUUGUGCAACGUUUUUGUUAGAUGUGAAGCCUCAUCCAAAACACUUCCAUACAGGCGAAAAAGAGCACUUUGCGACAGCAGUUGGUGAACCUGGACUUUGGGAUAGACUAUUUUCCAGCUGGUCUGAUCGUCGUCGUCCGCUUGCGGUGCGACGUUCCAAUCGUCUGUUUCGUCAGCCUACCGUAUCGUUUACACGGGCUCACUUUGUUGAACCUUUUCGACGUCUUUUGACAGGUUUCUCCAGUGGUCGAACCAUUAUUGGUUCUGAUGUGCCCCAACUCACGGUUCUACCCAGUCAGUAUACCGACGGGGCCACAUUAGAUGUUUUCGGCUCCAGUGACUUGUUGCGCAACAAACCGCAUCAGAUCCAAUCUCGUCACGAAACAGAAGCAGCCGAUCUGAGCAACUACCGAAGUCAUAACCUCAAGCAUUUUCUGACUAGCCCCUCUUCCGAAGCAGAUGUAUUCACCGCACGUCGCUUCGAUGUGUCCCACAAGAACCAUGCUUUUUCAGCGUCACCCGAAGCUGCGGAACACAAGAGUCUUCUGUCAGCUCCGUUUAGCGAUGUGAACAUGCAACCUGUAUCACUUGAGGUUUCCACCCCUUUGGACACACUCACGCGUGCCCCAUCAAUAUUCUCAGUCUUUUUCAAACGUCCUUCGCGAUGUUGGAGCUUGUCUUAUGCUGAUCCAAUACCCAAGCUGAAUCGUGUAAUUUUAUCCAGAGAUCUCGAGCUUCUCUCCAUUUCUUUGUAUCCGUCGUCAUCCACCCACUCCAUAGUGGGUCAAGCCAGCGGUGUUCUACUUUACUAAACUCAGCGUGAAUUAGUGAGACUUUUAGGUUUUCCUAAGUUCCGAUGCACAAUUCCGUCGAGAUGCAAGCAGUGUUCCAGUUGCGCCUUCUCUCCACAACAUGUGUGAUCCUGGAUUCGCGCUCACUGUACUCUGUCGGCAUCAGGCAUGUCACGUGAUUAGUUCGGUACAGAUGCAAGGCAUGUAAAAUCACAUCUGUUUGUCUCCUUGUUUGCGCCUUCCUCACUACUACUGCAUGCAGUGAUCACAGCUAUUUAGUCACAACUAUUUGUUCUAAUAUUUGUACAAAAAUCUGAAUAUCGGUCUCGGACGUGUUCGAUGUACACACUAUUUCUGGUCUCCAAUAUAAAUGUUAUUUGCCAACGACUGAUUCGCUCUUCUGUGAACCAGGGUCAGUUUACCUCAUUUUUUUUAUUUCGGCUGCUCCCAACUACUGAUGCCUACGCAUCAGUAUGGGCACAAGUUACAUUUCCGAG